GCGAGAAACAGUUGAGUGAAGCGGAGGACUGUUUUAAACAGUGCGAUAUUGAAAUUCGUAUGCUGCCUCCCUCCAUCAAGUCUUCUGUUGUGCAGAAAGUAGAUGCUCUUCGUAAAGAGGCCGAAUCCAAAAGAAGACAACUUGCGAACAUGAAGGUUCAGGUCGAGCGUAAUGAUUUGUUCGCUGGUGCCGCUGCUUCUCGCGAGUUGAAGAGACAAAUGGAGGACGAUCUUGCCGCUGUGGAGAGACAAAACAACACGAUCGAGGAUGCGACUCGUACUAUCUUUGAAACCGAAGAGGUGGGUCUUGGAACGAUGAACGAGUUGCAACGUCAGCGCGACGUUCUGACGAGUGCUUCGGACAAGGCAAAGGACACUGUAUCUUUGGCAAUGCAGGCGAAUACAAUUCUGAAUAGAAUGAGCAAGAAGUUCUGGCAGCGCAAGUAAUCGGCAGGUUUGGCAUC